AUGCCGUUUGCCCCUCUCGUCACCGUCGUCACCACCGUCACCGUUGCGGUCGCGGCGAUGCUGGCGGUGACAGCGCGACGCGACCUCGCGGUGCCGUAUGCUCGGAGGAGCCCUGCUUUCAAGAGCGUUGUAACGCAUCACCGGCAUGUCGCCACAAAAAGUUUUGAGGGCGAUUAUAGCCAGAAUAGCGAGGCAUCGUCUCGGUCUCUCACAAGGAAAUCGACGCGAGCCCUCACGCAAUUCAACCGCGCGCCUCCUGUUCAACAGCUGCCAGAUCCAGACCUCGACGUGAUAUGUAACUACUGGCUACGAAACCAGCCCAAAGGCCGUGGUAACGGGGACUACAGUUUCGAUGAAGGGGAUCCUACUUUGGCGGUUAACUUACGAGACCUGGAGCACCGAAGCCACCAAAACCCCCGGCGCGCACCGCCUGUCCAGCAACUACCAGAACCUACUGUCGACGAAAUCUGUCAAAAGUGGUUAGAAACUAAAUUGCCUCGAAAAGCAAGUAGUUUGUCGCAAAAAUCUACCUCUUUGCAGACCCAGCGGGCUGCAAACGGUUACAAAUCUCCGAUGACUAGUUCUCCAGUUCACUCUCCCCCCAGAAGCCACAACAACAACCAGCCUCUUUUGUUCCUAUAUCGCAUCCACCAGACAGCCCGUUCAUCGCGCAACAUGCCUCCCAUACUCACGCCUGACUACAACUUCCCUUCGUUCUAUCCCAUUAGCUACAACCCAUACCCGCAAUUACCUACAAGUCCACCGUAUUGCCCCUUCUACACUAAAGAGAAUAUUCCCGUGUGCAAAGUGUAUUUCAUAACCAGGCAAGCCAACCCAUUCAAGACUUGGAGAAUUCUCGCAUUGUUCUUCCGAUAGUGAGAAAAAAAUAAUUCGCUAAUUACGAAGUUACUUCUAUUUCGUUUUCUGAAGAAAGGAAGUAGCAAUAUUCCACUACAGACGUCAAAUCUAUUACUGAAUAAGUAAGACACCUUCGAUGAUAAACAUUUUACAUUAUUCAUACUCUUAUAAGUUAAUUAUCACUUGUCAACAUAAAAAGUCAAGGUUUCGUUUGUGAAAUGAUUUAUCAAUAAGCAGUAAGAUGAACUAUCUUUUAAUACAUUUUCUUAAUAUGUUGGAAAAAGAAGAAAAAAUUCACAAUUAAUUCAACUUUCUCAUAACAUUCUUAAAGCUUAUUUUUAGCACGAAAUAAACAAUUGCGUCAGUCUUCUCAGAUUUGAAUUUUACUGGAGCAACACAGCCUGUAGAAACUGGCUUAGGCUUCAAAUCACUAUAAAAUGUUUAACAAUAUUUUAUGACUAUUUGAAUCGUUUGUCUUGAAAAAAAUAUUAGAAAAAUAUGCAAUUAACGAGAUAAUCAAUUGUGAAUUUUUUGUUAUUCCCGUUUGAAAAUUCAUAAAUUUGAAUGAAUUCUCAAUAGGUAACAAUGUAAACGUAAUGUUGUUUAAAAAGAAAUUGGUAAUAGCACCAGCAAAUAGAACCCAUCAAUAAAAUGCAAAAAUCAUUCAACCUUUUCAAAAAGUGAAAAUAGAAAUGGAAAUUAUUUAUUCUGAUAAUACAAAUAUGUAUACAGAGAAAUGCUGCUUCCUCAAUGUGCAUAACACAUUCUUUAUUCACAUUUGUGUAUUUUUACUUUUAGUACUUUAAAUAUCACUAAUUAUUUUACCACUAGGGUCUGUAUAAUACUUCUGAACAAUUUACUGAAGUUGAAAGUGCCAAUGGUCUGAUACUUGAGUGAUAUUUUUCAUAUAAAUUCUAUCUUUAUGUGAACUUGGAAAUAUGUAACAAUCUGUAAAUAUGUACUGUUAUUACACUCUAUUUUUCAGCA